CUGGGAGGGAGGAGAAAAGAAACAGGGCGAGAGGGAGCAGAGGGAGACACACGGAGGGGAGGAGAGAAAGAAGUAAAGAAGACAGGAGCUCAGCGCGGAGGACGUGAACACACCGGAGAGAGAGAGAGGAGGACGCUGCUGCUUCAGUACGGCCCUCCUGAUUGGACCAGAGCACCAGUAUGGACGCACUCCAUCCUGUUUCCCACAAUCCUUAGCUCUAUGAUCUGCAGCUGAGUCUACUACACCCUGAACCCUUGACAAGCUCCAGUCAAUGACUGAACUCCUGUCAGGUGAUCUGUCUUGUGCCAUGAUGAUGUCAGUAGAUGUGACCAAUCGUAAUGGGCCCGCUGCCACGCCUCCCACUUCCCUCAGCCUUCGCUCCUCACACAAUCAGCUCCUCAGCAGCGAUGUCAACAAACAGGGCUCCGCCACGCCUCCCAAGUGUCGCAAAAAGUACGCACUCACCAAUAUCCAGACUGCCAUGGGCCUCGGAGAAAUGGCGCCUUCUUCGCCUUCCCCGUCAUCAUCCCCAUCGCAGUCUUCAACCCCGAACAACCCCAAACUAGCCAAGAACGGGGUCAACCAGCUUCGUAAAGCAGGUCAGGACCACAACAAAAACACAACGGGCCCUGACCUGAUAGAUCUGGACUGUAAUUCAGAGACUGUAGAAGACGACCUAAACGUCAACACAGCAGAGGAGCACGACAGUCACGUCCGCUCCAAUAAUGACGAGGAGGAUGAAGUCAUUAAUAUAGAUGCUGAACUUCAACCAGACUCCAACACUGAGGCAGAGCCCGAGCAGACAACUGAAUUAGAUGCAGACUGUAACAUUAACACAAGUGUGGAGCUCAAACUGAAUGGCAACACAACAGAUUUGGACUUGAACAAUGAGACAGAGGAGAGCGAUGACAUCAGCAUUUUGUCUGAGAAGGAAAUAAUGUCAAAAAUGAAGAUUGAGGAAGAUGGAGAUGAGGAGGUGGUGGAGGGGGAGGAAGAAGAGGAGAAUAAGCCUUUACUGAUGAUAAGAAGUGAGUCUCCCGUGAAGAAUCAAAAAGUUUCCGCAGGCCUGGAGCUCAUCUCUGACCUCCACUCCAACAUCAAGCUCCUCAAAUCAGGCAAGGACUCUCCGGUGCCGCCUCCUCCCUCCACGCCACGGCAAGCCAGCCCAGAGGACACCCCCUUGCUCUCUGUGGCUUCCGGCUCCUCCUCUUCCUCUUCCUCUCCAGAGACGAAGAAGGACAGAAGGACUGGCGCAAAGACAGACUGUGCUUUGAACCGGAUCCAGAAUCUGAACCCCAGUGACGAAGAGUUGAGUUGGACCACCCUGUCCCAGGAGAGCAACACCCCAGAGGAGACAGAUAUCUGGACUGAGCAGUCAUUCCAGACCGACCCCGACCUGCCACCAGGAUGGAAGAAGAUCACAGACAUGGCCGGUGUCUACUACUGGCACAUUCCUACGGGCACCACCCAGUGGGAGAGGCCUGCCACCCGCCAAGCGCCCCCUGGACAGAUGGAGUCCCAGGUACAAGGCGACCACACAUCCUCACCGCCUCGUAAACACUCUGUGGACUCGCUCAGCCCCUCACCCACUCCUGACCCUGAGUCGUGCCAAGCAGAGGUUUUCUUCAGGUCGUCAAUUCGUUCGGGCAGCACCACCUCGGACAGUUCAGUGGAGCCUCUCUCCUCUAAUGAAAUCACCAUCCCCUCAUGUGGAUUUGUAAACAGCUGCUACUUUCCUCGGUCCACAUCUCUGCAGGGGGCGUCGGAUCCGGACUGUCACUCUCUGCAUCAGGAAGAUGAGGAAAAGAAACAGGUGUGGAGUGAAUUUGGCGGAAAGAUUGAUAGUGAGGUUUGGAAGGAUCUGCAGGCAGCCACCGUGAACCCCGACCCCAGUCUGAAGGAGUUUGAGGGUGCAACGCUUCGCUACGCAUCACUCAAGCUAAGGAACCGUCCAACAUUAGAAGAAGAGGAGUCAAACAACGCCAACGGAGACCCAGAAUCAAAGUGUUUUGCAGUGCGCUCACUGGGAUGGGUGGAAAUGGCCGAGGAUGACUUGGCUCCUGGAAAGAGCAGCGUUGCCGUUAACAACUGCAUCCGACAGCUGUCCUACUGCAAGAACGACAUCCGAGACACUGUCGGCAUCUGGGGAGAGGGGAAGGACAUGUACCUGAUGCUGGAAAAUAAUAUGUUGAACCUUGUCGACCCCUUGGACCGCAGUGUGCUCCACUCGCAGCCGAUUGCAAGUAUCCGGGUUUGGGGCGUUGGCCGGGACAAUGGCAGGGACUUUGCAUAUGUGGCAAGGGAUAAAAACACCAGGAUCCUGAAAUGUCAUGUGUUCCGCUGUGACACGCCAGCCAAAGCCAUCGCCACCAGCCUGCAUGAGAUCUGCUCCCGGAUAAUGACAGAGAGAAAGAAUGCCAAAGCGAUGGCAGGAGGCUCUCUCCACGACAGGAUGCAGGCGGGAUUCGAUCUUCCUCUACAAGAGUUCCCCACACCAAAGACAGAGCUGGUUCAGAAGUUUCAGGUAUUUUACCUCGGGAUGCUGCCUGUGGUCAGACCUAUAGGGAUGGACAUACUAAAUGGAGCUAUAGACAGUCUCAUAGGUUCUUCCAACAGAGAGGACUGGACUCGAGUAGCUCUCAACGUGGCAGACGCUACUGUCACCAUCAGCAAAGACAAGGAUGAAGAAGAAGUGCUGGUGGAGUGCCGCGUGCGUUUCCUGUCCUUCAUGGGCGUUGGGUAUGACGUGCACACGUUUGCCUUCAUCAUGGAUGCAGGCAGCCAUCGCUACGACUGCCACAUCUUCUGGUGUGACCCUAAUGCUGGGAGUGUGUCCGAGGCUGUGCAGGCAGCUUGCAUGUUGCGGUACCAGAAGUGUUUGGUCGCUCGGCCUCCAUCCCAGAAACCCUGUAGCUCCUCCCCCCCUGGUGACUCGGUGUCCCGCCGGGUCUCGACCAGCGUGAAGAAAGGAGUCCUGUCCCUCAUCGACACCCUCAAACAGAAGAGACCCGUCACAGAGGUGCCGCAGUAACCACGGUGAAUCACCACCAACGGCCUGCCACAACCCCCAGUCACCAUGGUAACCAGUCUCAUUCGCUGCCAAAACCCCAGUAACCACUAAAACAGAGCAAAGCCCCCCCAUGGAUCUGGGUAAACCCCCCCCGUCACGAUUCCUUCACUUCUCUGGAGCAAAUUGGAAUUUCACCUCAAGAGUUUCAUCACCUCUCGAGCAGCAAUUCAACCUCGCCUCCUCAGAACAACGAAUUAAGACUCUGGACCCCGGUCGAGAAGGAGCGACCACGAGACCGGUGGUCGUGAAGGUGUUGAUGUACAUAGAAGAAACCCUCGUCCCCCCCGGCACCGGGAAGGAGCGAGGAGACGAAUAUCGUAGAAGUAGGACGUGGCUCCUUCAUGCAGAGCGCAGCGUGGUGAGCGAGCUCAUCGCUGCCCAAACUGCUGACUGCUCCGUGCUCUUAUUGUGUCUGUGUCUGUGCUGCCAGCAUGACCUUGCAAACCUCCCCCUCACCCCUCCCCCAUCAUUCACCUGGCUUCCUGUUAGUCUGUAGUGGCUUUACCCCCCCCCCCCCCCCCCUGUUCCUCUUUCUUACCAUCUACAGCAGACUGUAAUGUGAGAGGAAGUAAAUGGUCGGGAGGCAAAAUGAAGAGCCAUUGUGUCUGUUGAACAAUGAAGGGAGCUGCUACAGACUGAUUUGUCCGUUAGUCUACACUCAUCUGUUCAACUGGUCCUGCAUGAACUUUUUUUAUAGAAACGUGAAUCAUUCUAGACGAUAUCAACACGCUGCUGCUGCUGCUGCUUUCAGAGAGCGAAGGGGUGAGGAAUCAGAAGCCACCUUGUUUUUCCAUCCCGUCCUCUCUUCUCGUUGUUUUUCUUCGAUGUGUCAGCCCGGUGCGUCUGAACGAGCGGUGAGCGUUCACCCGAAACCACGCCGCACGUCUGCCGUCUGUCCACCUUCAUUCUUCUGUUGAUAUCCCUCUGAAGACGACAGCCACAACGGAGGAAGGGACGCAGGGAUGGAUAUUGUUGCUCGCCCCGCUCUCUCUCCUCUGAUCCCCCCACUCUCAGUGCCAGGCUGCAGCUCGGAGCGGAGGAGACGUCAGCAGGCUGCUGCUGUUGCUCUAUGAUACACAUGCUGGAGGAAAUUUGACUUUAAAUCCCCCCUCGGUAUCAGUCCUCUCAGACUUCAAGUUCACUAAUAAAAGGGGACUGGUAGCAUGAGAACGCCCUGAGGAAGAAAAAGGAAGGAGACUUGAGGAAUGUGUCAGCAUACCUGGGUAUGGUUGUGAUGAUAUUGUCUAUUUAUCUCCAGAGGACGACAGAGAGACAUGUUGACUCAAACCAGCAGGACGUUCCUGAGCUGCUAUCAAUCUGUCCCCUGGGGUCCGUUCACUUGAAUCCUCGUGCCACAUGAUCACAUGCUUGUUUUUUUUCUCACACAAAUCACGAACCUGGGUGUAUGGUAAUAACUAUUGGCGGUCGUUAUUGUAACUCAGAUCAUCAAGACACUCUUUAACAACGUUCUCUUGGCUGUAGAGGCAGAUAGAUGCUGAACGUCUGGCUGUUAAAUCUCAUCUGUCGAAGUUUGGAUGUAGAAAACAGACGGGGCAGAAGUAGGAGUCUUUUGUUUUUUAAGUGGCCUUUUCCAGACUUAAGAUCAGAAGAGUAUAACUUGUCACGAAUGGAAUGGACCUGUGAGAAUAUGAUUUGAUGUAAAUGUCUAACUGCAUGACCGACUAACAGGUAAUGCUUACAGUUGUAGUUAAACAUUAUGUCCAAAGACAAGGGCCAUGCCACAGGUGUUUUUAGUCCUCUUCAAACAUCUGGAUGAAAAAAUCUUCUGUCUGCUGUGUGAUCAAAUAUUUUAGUAGUGUUGCUCAUAUCAGGGCUCAUUCCCCCGUCGAGGCCCAACAGUCCCCUUAUCAAACCCUAGUUAAAUUAAGAAGAUGUGGAUUUUUAUCUUGAUCUGCACUGAACUGCACACACUCAUAGAUAUCAGUCCCAUACGCAUGUUUGAUUUCUCUCCAUGCAUUAAGCCCAGAGAAAAAUGCAAUGUGAAGCAAAGUGAAAAAGAUUCCAGCAUCCACACCGUUUAUCGAUUCCCUCCUUCCAUCAAGUGUCGUGGAAAUCUGUCAAUCUUUGUGUAAUCCUGCUGAAGCACUGGUAGACAGAGGUGGAAAUAUAACCUCAUCGGUGGAGGAGGAGCAAACUGACUGGACCGCUAGGAAACGGAUUAAUAUCUUAUUUAUCAUUCAGCAGAUGGAUGAUGUUUUCUGUUGGAGUAUGUGGUUAAAUCAACCAGCUGUUCCAUCUGAACCUAAAUGAACACAAGAGACACAAACUGAGGUCAGUCAGCAGGCGACUGACACUUUAGACAGGUUUCAGGUUAUGUUGAAAAAAUCCAAUCUCAGGACGAGAACCUCCCGCCUGUAGGAGGCGGAGUGACGGUUUAUGACAGUGUAGAGUGGUGCUGCAGAGGAAGUGAAGGUUGACGUUACAGCCGAGGGUCCAGCUUGUCAUCUGUGUUUAUAUUUAACUCCACAUAUAACAAACCAAGGAAGGAAGUCGGAGUAAAAUUGAGACUCUGUUGAGAAAACUCACUUUUGUUUUAUCACGAGGAAGUUGAAAUGUGAAUGAGAUGAAUAAAAUCUGUUCUGUACAUAAUAUCAAUUUAAUGUAACAUCUGGCAUUACCCGUUGUCAUAAGCUAUCUUUUUUUCUGUUCUUUUUUAAUUUUUGAAUGUCUCGUUCUUUUUUUUUAAAUGAAAUGCCUUUUUUUGAGAACUCACCAAAUGGCCAAAGUGUAAAAUACAGAUAUACAUUGUUGUAGAUAAGUAAAGUACCAGAGCAAAUAAUGACAGAACCGGAGGGGCGGUCACAGUUGUCAAUUAAGUUGAUACUGAAUUUAACUGAGCAAUUAUCUAUGCAUUCUUUUGAUCUCUAAGAGGAGAAAACAGAAAGUCGUAAAAAAAAAAGAUAAAGAAGAGAGAAGCCUUGCAUGCCCUCGGACAGUUUGAGAGAGCGACUGUACGUACUGAACAGAAAUAUUUUUUAUUUUAUUUAUUCUAUUUUAUAAAGGUAUAUACUGAUUUUAUUAGUUGGGGCAAAGUAACGUCUCUUGACUCGGUGUCGUCGUCUCUGUCCCUGGUUAAACUCACAACGCUACAAUAGGCUCCGCUUUGCAGAACGAGGCAGAUAAAGGAAUAUAUCUUCACCCUGUACAGUGUCCUGAGAGCUGGACGUCCACUGCUGCCCUGAGGAGGACGAGGAGGAAGAGGAGGAGGAAGAUGAUGAUGGAAACAGCAUUGGGCUCCCAGCAUCUCUGUCAAACUCACACACGUAAAGAACAACAACAAACACACACUCCAUUUCCCGCAGAUGGAUGUGUUGGCUUCUGUUUGCCGCUCACUGAUUUGUACACUUUAUCAAUGUAACCAAUUGUGAGAAUAAACAGCAUAAUAAAAAACA